AUGACUACCAUGAACGCUGUGGCUGAGGCAGUGCGUGAGGCUGCAGUAGCAGCGGCUAGGGCUGUUGAUCGUCUUGGACAUGUUCCGGAAGGCCAACACGUGGAGUUCGUUACUUAUAUGCUGGAAGGAGAAGCUGAGCAUUGGUGGCAGGGGAUACAGCGACUGUUGCAACAAGAUGAAGGCGAUAUUCCUUGGAAUACUUUUGAGGAUGAAUUUUAUAAGAAGUAUUUUCCGAGGGCAGCUCGUGACGCUAAGCAGAUGGAACUUAUGCAGCUGAAACAGGGUAACACAACUGUUGCAGAAUAUGCCCGUAAGUUUGAUGACUUGUGCCAUUUCUCCAAGAUCUGCCAAGGGAAUCCUGCUGACUUUGAAGAAUGGAAGUGUUUGAAGUUCGAAGGGGGCCUUUGUGUGGAUCUGAUGAGUUCAGUAGUUCCAUUAGAGAUACGAAAUUUUGCUGAGCUGGUUAAUAAGUGUAAGUUAGUGGAAGAAUGUGCUAAGAAGGUAAGUGCCUCUAAAGCAAGUCGUCAAGGAUUUCCACCAAGGAACUACAAUAAUUAUAAUUGGCAACCACGAAGGACAAACUUCAAGACACUUGGUGUGCCACAGCGAAGAAACCCACAGGCUGGUAACAUCCCUGCUCGCCUUAUGGGUGGAAACGGAGGUAGACCAAGGCAGGAUAAUGGUAAACGACCUCAACAGGCGCAGGUGAACACUACAUGCAAGCGAUGUGGGAAGGAUCAUGGUAUUAAGACGUGUUUGUUUGGAACAUUCAAUUGUUAUAGAUGUGGUGGAACUGGACAUAUUGCUAAGGAAUUCCCAAAGAUAUUUGCUCGGAAUCCAACGCCCUGA